GCCAGAGAACAAACGAAACAAAAACAAGUUGUACGCGAGUCAGUUAUUUUUGUACCUUGUUCGAAUAAGCGUCUGUUAAUUUCGUCACUUUGUAUCUUAUUAUACAAUUUUGAUAUCAUUUUCGUAAUUAAAGUUAUAGUUUACUCUCAAUUUACAUCGUGAGAAUAAAAAAGUUAUUUUAAAAGAACAAGUCUUUGUUCAAACAGUGUUAAAAGCGACGUUGCCGUUCUUCUUCCCUACUUUUCUUAUAAGAGAAAUCUUUUACUAGGGGUUUUCUAGUUAGAUUUUUAGCAUCUUAAGUUAAACCUGUGAUCAUUUCGUGCGUGAAUUUCACAAAGUAAUGCUACAGUGUUUUGAAAUGUGUGUCUCUGAACGUUAUACACUAUCUGACGCAAUCCCUAUCUGGCAACAGCGCGAGGAAUCGGACUGAAUAAUUUACUGAUGUAUUAACAAAAGUCCAUUGGAUAUUACCAGUCAUCACACAAAUUUUAACUUUUAUGAGGUACUAGGGCCCUCGCGCCCGGUCGCUAUACCGUCGGGAAACGAGAGCUGUGGGCGGAUCGGUGCGGGCAUAUACAACGACAAGAAGCCGCUGAUUGCUCCUGCACUCGCUUAGGUGCCGAUUCACCCUCAACUCGCGCCAAAAAUCCCGAUAAUGUUGAGAUCGGGCGCGGGGCACCCGGAUGCUGGCCACUCCGCAGCAUCCACGUCGCGGCAGCGCUCUCCCGAGGAGGAGGCGCAGCACAUGUACGCGACGCUAAACGAGUAUCUACUGCUCGAACAUAAGUCCCAACCCAAACUGUGCCUGCCGGCUGAAUCUGAGAAUGGCGAGGUGACAACGGGCGCGCGAGACGGCGCGGCCCACGUGCUGAGAUGUCUCAAAGUGUGGUACGAUCUGCCCGCGGACGUGCUCAUCAGUGCCAUCAACUUGUUCGACAGGUUCCUGACAAAGAUGAAGGUGCGUCCGUGCCACGUGCCGUGCAUCACGGUGUCGUGCAUGAACAUCGCGCUCGAACAGUACGCCGCCGACACUGACACCAAACGCAGCAUCUCCGUCGAGGAACUAGUAUCGAUAUCCCAGUCGGCGUGCACGGCGGGCGACGUGCUGCGCAUGUCGCGCGUGAUCGUGGACAAGCUGAGCCUGGUGGCGGGCUGCCGCGUCGUCACCGCGCUGGACUGGCUGCGCCUGCUGCGCUCCAUGCUGAUGCUGCAGGCGGACCAUCUGGGCGUCGGACUGCCCGCUGGAUGCCAGGAGGACGAGCUGGUUCAGAUGUUGGAGAUCGUGUCGUGCGACGCGGCCUGCGUCAACACGCGGACCAGUGAACUAGCGCUCGUGUUGCUGUACUAUAAGCUUGAGCAACAGUUAGCGGAGUGGUCGGCGAACGAGGAGAACAUGAUCCCUGAGGAACACGCGUACUACCUUUUCGACUUCGCCAGACAAGUACAGCUGCAUUGUCAGAUGAACGAGGCGUCCCUGGUGGCGGCCCGCGCCCGCGUCCGCCACGUGGUGUCGCGGUACGAGCGCUGCGAGGCGCGCCGCGACCGACAGCGCCUCGUCUGGAGACUGUCCGAGCGGACCCUCAAGGUACUACGGCCGACGGAUCGUUUGACGUCGCUCCUGCCCACCAUAGAAGAGCAACACUUCGCGGUCGACGCCACGCCCACCAGGACCAGAUCGGGCAGUGUUAUCAGCGAAACAGAAGAAGAGACAUCAGAUUGGCCUCGCAGUCCAGUUCUACCGGUAUACUGUGACAACUAAACCACCCACGCGACCCGGCACCAACGGUACUUAUAGUACCACUCGUCCAACAGACAGCCCGGUAUUUAACACUACUUAACACAAUAUAGUGACACUCGAGACAACAAAGUACCCAGUGAAUUACGGAGUGUUGUGUGGUACUUUCUAGUGUCAUAUGACUCCUCAAAAGUUUUAUCGCGGCAAGUUUUCGUCGAAGAAAAUGUACCAGUACUGUUGAAAAGCAAUAAGAAGAAUGGCUUUAUGGAGUAUUGUGUUACUUUUAGUGUCAUAUGACUCCUCAACAGUCUAAUAGAGGCAUAUGAUUUCAAAACAGUGGCAGUUUCUGUCGAAGAAUUCGUCAGGAAGAACGUACCAUUACCGGUGGAAAGUUUAACAAGAAUUGUGUGGUACUUUUUAGUGGCAUACGACUCUACUAAAGUUACUAUACAUCGAAUUUAUAACAGGUGUUACGCAAUACGGUACAAUUAAGUGUCUUAAUGACUGGUAAAUCUUAGUGCUAACUGAAACUUAGUACUAGGACUCAAACGGUACUACGUAGUGUCACGAAAAAACGGUAUUUCUCGAGUGGCUACUAAGAUAAGAACAAAAAUGUGUUUAAAGAGAUGAUGACAGGGUAUUAAAAUAACAUCUAUUUACUAUUAUGUCCGUCAGUUUGAUUAUUUAAAGGUAAUAUUAGACACGGUUUUAAAGAAAGCAGUAUAAAAUAUACUUUUUGUAAAGUUAGAAAUACGUGUCUAAUUUAUUUUAUAAAUAAUCUUGCCAAACGGAUUAUGUAAUAGUCAUCGUCUUUACAUUGUAGUGUCAUGUGGUACUUUUGUGUUGUCAUUUAUAGUUCGAGCGGUACUUUUUAGUGCUAAAUAUAAACCAUAAUGUACCUGGCAGCUCUAUUUUAUAAUAAUUAAAUCAAAAAACAUAGGAUCUUUUAGAAUUAUUAAAAGAAAACAAUUUUAAAAUGAUUCCAAGCAUUUUUUUUUCUAUGUUAUUAUUUAUUUUUUCCAAUGCAUGACUACUUCUAACCUUGAUUUGGUUAUAAAAAUGUAUUUAAUUUCUUUUUGACAUUAUUAUUUAAUAAUAAUAUGUAUUAAAUUUUUCUAUUCAAACUCGAAUUCUGAAAGGUCUUAUAGGUAGGUAGUUUUAUGAUAGGUCAUUUCUGUGUUUAGUUGGAAUGUAAAACUUUAUAAUUGACAUAAAUAAAGCCAGAAACUUGUCUUAAAACAACUAUUUAUUGAAUACAUAGCUUUUGACCGCGACUUCGCACGCGUUAACACAUUGAACGCCGUGGUGGUCACCGGUGACCGACGUUAGCGGAGGAUUUGCCUUCAACAGUUUUCUAUUGGCAGUCAAAGACUUAAAUGAGUAUUAAACAUUAAAAAAUACCUCUUGAAUCACUCAAGUCUAUUAAAAAAAGCAUACAUAGUGGCAGACUUUGUUUUAUCCUAUGUAGUAGUUAAUUAUACAGUUUUACACUCCAACCGUCAUAGAAUUGAUUGUAAUAAUAUUCUAGUACUAUAGAUGAAUGAAAUAAAACAUAUCUAUUAAGGCCGGGUCAUGUGGUAUUUACAAAGAGACGGGGAAUUCUUUUGGUCUAAAAUAAUAACUAACGGGUAAUACAUAAAGAAAUUAUGUUAAACGUGUCGGUUCAUAUCUGACGGAACAUGCGUCGCGUAUCAUCGGUCGCGUAACGCCAGAACAGACAAAUGUAUAGAAAAACAAUUGACCGUUCACACUCAACCGAUGAUACGUCAGUACGACCGAUGAUACGCUCGACGUAUUUUACGUCAAAAUAAGAACCGAUCCUAAGAGUGUACCAAAUAUCAGAUCGAUCUGUCGUCUGGGGUGAAAUUCUAAUGACUUAUUUUGACUCAAGCAAAAUUACAUAAAGCUGUUUAAUAGUAGUUGUGCGACAGUCGCUGUAUGUCACUACAGAUUGACUUCCUACCUCGCGAUGUUUAGUCUCAGGGGGAGGGCUGUGGAAUGCACGACAAAAUAAUGCAUUUAAUUAUAUUAGACAUCUCUGCUCACCCUUCUACAGGUCAUGUAUAACGUUAAGUUGUUAUUUUGACCAUUUCAAAUAUCCCUGUCUCUGAAAAUUUUUCCAUUUUUUUUUUCUACAUACAUAUUUAAGUUUUCGAUUCUUAAAACUCUAAUAUAAACGAAACAAAAAAAAGAAAAUCAGACAUUUUUUCUGUAUUAUUAUUAAUUAAUUACCUUAAUUUAUAUUUUCUUUUCGAAAAAUGUCUCUAAAGGUAAGCGUUAACAGGCCCGCAUCGUACGCAUUCCAUAUGACGUCAUCAGUACGCAUCGCAUGUAGGCAUUGCUGAUGACGCGGUCCGUACGAUGCGGAUCAGUGGACGCAGUUGUAUGAGUUUCUAUACAAGACAAACUAAAAUCCGUUGCGUGCGAUGCGUACGAUGCGGGCCUGUGGACGCUUGCCAUAUAAAGCCGAGGUUCUCAAAAGUAUUUUGAGAUUUCUUUUUUGUUUUUGCAAAAGGAAGUUAUGUCUCUUUAGUGUAGGGCGCGAUCCUGAUUUUGAGUAUGUCAAAAUGUACGUGAUCCGUAAUGUGUAUGUAUGUUUGUGUGUUCGAGUGCUCGUAGUGCGCUUGUAUGGCGGCUAGAUGGCAGCACACGGUUUUGUUAAUCAAAAUCGUGUGGAAAAGAUUUUGAGCUUGCGAUAAAGUUGCGCAACAGUCGGCCGACUUUUUUGUAUAGCAAUGCUCUAUUAUCAUGACCAAUUUUUCUAUUAAACUGUCGCCCAGUCGCCACGCAAUCGUCCCACUAUCGCUCAGUCGUAUGUUUCGAAUUAGUUUUAAGUUUAACUUCCGAAUAAAAGGACAAAAAAAAAAUUAAAAAAAGGUGCAAUUUUUAAAAAUUUGAAAAAAAAAAUCUUAAAUUAAUUAAUUCAGUUCAAAACAUUUUUUGAAAAUGGUAAAUAAAUUAAUGUUUGGAGUAUUAAUCGAUGAGAAAACGUUGUUUUUUUUUUUAUUAUUUUCUUUUUAUUUUUACAAUUUUGCAAGAGUAUUGCGCAUUGCGAUGGAGGGUGCUUCUUUCGUACGUUAUUGGGGUAAGCAGAGGUGUCGUUACAGUCAAUUUUGAACUAAACGUUCAUAGAUUUAAAUUCCAAAAUCUAAAGCUUUACAAUGUUUUUCUUUAUAUGAUGUUGAUUAGUUGUUAAAUGAAAGAAAUGCUCUCCAUCCAACCAAGGCUUCUCCUUACUGUGAUCUUUCUAAGAAUGGAAAAUUAAAGUUCAAAAAAAAAAAUGAAAAAUUCCAUAUUUUUUACUAGGUCUUAAGGUUUCGGGGGGGAAAAUUUGGGCCUGGGAACUCUAGUAUAGAUGCUAAGCAAGUCUAACUAUGCUAAAUUUUCAAAUUAUUUAAUUAAAAAAUGUAUAAUUCACUUUAAAAUAGAUUCAGCACAAGAUUAGUGUGAAAAAUCACAUAUUAAUUAAAAAAAAGUUCACUCACGAAAUUGUUCGAGGUAUCUCGACUAGUUUCAAGUCACGACGGGAGCUUAAUCGACGUGAUGUCGACGUGUUGAGCGUUCUCCUCGAAUUCUUAGUGAGUAAACCAUGUCUAAUUAAUUUGAUAAUAUCGAAAUUUACUUAAAAAAUUUUGAAAAUUUGGUAUAGUAUGAUCUGCUCGCAUCUGUAUUGAAGCCUAAGAAAUAAUUAUAGUAUUAUCAAUUUUAUUAGAAUUAAAUUUGGCGAGCUUUAAAUAUGCAAGCGACGUGUUUCUUCGUCGCCGUCGGCCGACAGUUGCCCAACUGUUGCGCCACAGUUUCCGACCGAAAUUUUUCGCCCCGUUUUUCUAGUUAUAAGAACUUUUGAGUCACACAAACGCGUGAGUGAAUGAAAAAAAAAGGAUUUAUAUGUGAAAAAUUAAAAAAAAAAUCCACCGAAAUCUUCUUUUUUAAGUACAUUUUAUUUAAUUUAAGUAUUAUGUAGUGAAACGUAUAUAUAAUAUAAAAUAUAAUUUAUAUAAUAUAUUCCUGAUUUUUUUUCGUAUAAUGACUAAUUUUUUCGAAAACAAAAAUUUAAAAAAAUAUUUUCUAGUUGUAGUAAUAUUGGUUCAUACUUUUUUACUUUAGUCUCCCCCUUUUUCUUUUUAUUUAGUAAAUAAUUUAAUCUCUCCUUAAAUAUUAUAGUAGUGUAUAAAUUUAUAAAUGACAAAAAAAUUACAAAUUUUUGAAAAAAAUAGUAAAAAAAAUUGAUCUCAGAUUUAGUUUUCUUGCUUGAUUGAAUGUUUGUUUUUGAUUUAUGGUUUCAAUAGUAAAAAAGUUAUUUAGAGUCUUGUAUGCGUAAAAAAACAGAAAAAUCCAUUUCAAAUUUUAUUUAGACUAUCAGUAAAUAUUUUAUAAGGAAAUCUUUAGCUUAAAACGCCGGCAACGCACUUAUAACUCCUCUGUUGUGGCGGGUGGCAUUAUAUUUCUUUGGAAAUCUCAUAUUUAUUGGUUUUUUUUCGUGCAUUUAUGAAAACAUCAGUGCAUUUUACCCAGUAUAUGUUGCAUGGCGUCGUACAAGCUAAGUAUCAAUUUUAUUUAUGUUUCUUUCACAUAAAUUUACAUUUUUUUUUUCCCUUUAACACCCUAAGAGACUGUUUAUUAUUAUUUUUUAUGCAUACAAUUCUUUAAAUGGACUUUAGCUUAGUUCUUUAUAACAUUUUUCGAAAGUAAAUUGCUAACUGCCGUAUUUAGAUGUUUAAUGAUUACUUUAAUUAGUCCUUAGUAACGUAAAUUUUGUUCUGAAAAUUGGACUAAGGACUGGGUUAAGUAAUUAUUAAACUGAUUAGUACCCUUAGUACGAAUUUGCUUUACGAUUAAAGUAAUGGAAAUGAGAGUAAUUGGCCUGCUCGAAUAAGCCAACCAAGAUUACUUUCAAACUCAUAUUAAGGUACUGAUCAAAUACGGCAGUAACAGUCAGUUUUAACACGAAAAUGUAAGAAAAACACAUUAAAAAUAGAUGAAAAGAAAAGCAAUGUACAUUCGCUCUGUGAUAUAAAAAGAAGUAUAGAAGAGACACUUGCUACUAUCUUAGACAUUGCGAUGGUUUGAAAUUAAAUCAGAUUAACUAUUGAAAAGUGGGUGUUGCGUAUGUGAGCACCUUUGUAUAUAGCUUCGAGGCAGAGACGAAUUAUACUUAGGGAACACUAGGCAAGUGCCUAGGGCGACAGGUUACAGGGAUGCGUGUGAUAAACUGCACAUAUGAGUAACGGCGCUAAGAAAAUUAGUAACUUGCCUAGGGCGCUCUCUAAGUUUAACUUCUUGUAUACACCUUGUCCCUAAAGUCGACGUCCAAAUGCUACCAGGUGAUCGGCAAAGUUCCAACUGUUAUCAUUAUCAGAUAAAUAUAAAAAAAAAUCUAAGUCCUACAGUUUUGAAAUUACAGUUACAUAUGCGUUAUCCACGAAAAAGUACUUCCUGUGCCAGUCUGACUCUUGUUGCUAUCUUUAUUUUUUCGACUGGAGCUUUGCUUACGUUAUCCGGAAUAGUCCAUCCAAUCAAAUAGAUGUUGACUUCAGGGACAUCUGUAUAAAACAAAUACAGUAGGAAACACAUUAUGUCUCGCGUAGUUUCCCACCAUACUACGGGUUGUCUCUGCUUCGAGGCACUAUUUAACUUCCAAUUUCUAAAUAACACAUAUUCUAAUAACUACCAUAGGGAGAUCGGACACCCUAGUCAUAUGUAAACUUAUGCUCUACAUACUAAAUGUAUAUAAAAACUGUAUGUAAUAUGUUUUUUUGUAUAAAAAAGUAUUGACAUAGUCAAAUUGCAUGCUCUAAGUAUGAUUGCGGAAUAGAAAUCUUUGUUAUUAUUUAAAUUCUGUUUAGAAUAAGAUUGAAAUGAUAAUUGGUGUUCAUUAUCCGAUCUCCUAGCUUCCAUGUUACUCGAAACGGUUUUUGAAGAUUUGAAUGGAUAAUAUUUGGUUAUCUAUAGCUUUUAAAACACUUAAAUGACUCUGAGUACGGCAGUUUGCUUUACGUAAUGCAAACUCAUACUAAAGGUACUGAUUAUUUAUCUAUUCAAAAGCACAAGUUUAAAACUAUAGAUUGAUCAAAAUAUAUUAUCCAUUCAUAUCUUUAAAACCCAGUAUCUGUUACAAAACUGUUAAACACCAACAAAACGCAUUGUUGAAAGAGUGCCUUUUAUACUUAAAAAAAAAGUAUAAAAAUGUCUAGAACGACGUUUACAUAUUUUUAAGAUCAUUUUUUGUAUAAAAAAAGUAUAAGAUCUACUUUUUUAUACUUGAGUACUGAUUUGGGAGUUAUUGGUCGUUAUUGAGUAAGAAAACACAUCAUAAUGUACAGUAAUUUUAAGAAAUAUAAGUUUUGAUAACCUAUCUGUCUGUAGAUUUGAUUAUUAGAGACUUCUGCGCGGCUCCUAUUGAUCGUAGCGUAAUGUAUAGCUUCUCUCGAUAAAUGGACUUUCUAACAGGAAAAUAAUUGUUGAUUAUCGGAAUAGUAAAUUAUUCAAUUCAAUGAAAUUAUUCAGUUUUUUGAUACUAAUUCAAAAUUACGGUUUAUUCACUUACAUUGAUGGAGAAAAGCUCUACUAGUUUCGAGUCACAGAGGAACUCUUCAUUAUGAGCAGCUGUGACUCUAACUUGAAACUAGUAGAGCUUUUCUCCAUUAAUAGUAAGUAAACAGUGAUUUUAGUUAUGUUUGUUAAAAUAUAUAUCUUUAGUAAGCAAAUCUACAUAUAGAUAGGUGAUUAAAGAAAAUCAGUGUAUUUUGUAUAUCGAUAGCACAAUGAUUUAUUGUAAAUAAUAAUUAUAAAACCUAUUAUAAUAAGAGCAGACUGUAUUUAGUUAUAUUUUGUACCUAAUUAACAUACAAAUUUGUACAUAGACAGUGGCUAGUACUCUCAAAUCAGUAUUUUAACGGAGUGGUUGUCAAAAUGUUUACAAUCUUGUAUUGACAAUCUAUAAAAUGUACGAAAUAUUGUGUUUAAAGAUGUGCUACUAAAUAGUCGGAAUUGUUUGGUAAUUGGUGUUUUUUUUACACCGUCCGUAGUCUCUUACAUUUAAUGAUUACUUAAACUAUUCCUUAGUAAUGAUUUUGUUCCGAAAACAAUUGCUAAGGACUGGGUUAAGUAACCAUUAAAUGACUCUGAGUACGGCGGUAAGGGUACUAUAUGUUUUCUUACUACCGAUUUUAGUAUAAAAAUCCGAUUUAUCAAAUGAUUUUGGCUUUUGUAGUAUGUCUUUAAAUUGUAAUCCAAUAACAGUCUUCCAUAGUCCUUUGAAUUAUAUUCAGUUUAGUUGAAACAUUAUAAAUUGUCAAUAUAUGCGAGCAUUUAAUAAAACAAUAGUUGCAAUGUACCUAUGUGUGUAUGUGAUGUGUAUUUUGUAAAAAAUGAAUGAGUCGGUAUAUAAUAAUCUCGAAUUUGAGAAUAAAUAGUUGGACUCUUA